AUGGUGACAACGAAAUCGCGCACCUCUGCGAAGGCUGCAAAGAACUCACCAGAUGUAUCAACUCGCCAUCUGCCCGCGAAAACCUUCGUCCUCGACAAUGGCGCCUAUACAAUGAAAGCGGGCUAUGCCUGUGAUCCCUCCUCCUCAUCCGAAGAAGCCCUAUCCAACUGCGUUUCAAUACCAAAUGCGAUCGUAAAGACUCGAGAAAACCGGAUCUUCACCGGUGCACAGCUUGCAACCCAUGUGACGGACUGGAACGAGGCGGUGUUUCGCCGCCCGGUGGAGAAGGGAUAUAUCGUGAACUGGGAAGCGGAGAGGGAGAUUUGGGAUCAGACGUUCUUUGAGGAGAAGGCGACGGCGCGGAAUAAACUGCUUCGUAUUGCUCACCCGGAGGAAACGACUUUGAUUCUUACCGAGGCUCCGAAUAAUAUGCCGGUCUUGCAGCGGAAUACGGAUGAGAUGGUUAUGGAGGAGUGGGGAUUCGGAGGUUAUGUUAGGUGUUUGGGACCAACCCUCAAUGCCUGGAAUGAGGUCAAUUCGCUAUUCGGUGACCCUCUCACCAAGUCCGACUCUGAUAUCCUGCCAAAGGACUGUCUGCUGGUUGUUGAUUCGGGAUACUCGCAUACAACAGUGACGCCCGUAUACAAAGGCCAGCCCCUUCAAAGAGCUAUCCGACGGCUUGAUGUCGGUGGCAAGCUCCUCACAAACUACCUGAAAGAGAUCGUCUCCAUGCGGCAAUACAACAUGGUGGAUGAGACAUACAUCAUGAACGAAGUUAAAGAGGCAGUUUGCUUCGUCAGCAAUGAUUUCAAGGCCGAUAUGGAACGAACCUGGAAGGCGAAUCGCAAGCGUGAAGAAGCUCAAUCUGUCGUAGUGGACUAUGUGCUUCCCGAUCCGAACGCACACAAGAAAGGUUUCAUGCGCCCACAUGAUCCACUUUUACAUGCAAAGAAAAAGAAGGGUGCACAAUCUGGCCUCAGUGCAGAGAUUCUCUCCGAGGACGUGUUGGUUCUUGGCAAUGAAAGGUUUACAGUCCCUGAGCUUCUAUUUACGCCCAGUGAUAUUGGCAUGCAACAAGCCGGUAUUCCAGACAUGAUUUUGCAGAGCUUGUCGGUACUGCCGCCUGGAUUGCACGCUGCCUUCCUAGCCAAUGUGUUGGUUGUGGGUGGUAAUUCGCAGAUUCCGGGAUUCAUGGAAAGGCUGGAGAAUGACCUCCGUGGUAUUGCCUCUUCGGAAUGUGUUGUUCGUGUGAGAUGUGCUGAGGAUCCCUUCCUCUCUACCUGGCUCGGCGGCUCUCGUUUCGCAAGCAACCGCGAAGAAGUUGGCAAGCUGGCCAUUACCCGCCAGGAAUAUCAAGAAUAUGGAUCUGGAUGGGCUGGCCGCCGGUUCGCCGGCAUGAUAUGA